UAGCUUGCUAGGGAUUGGUUUCACGGUUAAACACUUCAUAAAUCUCUCUCUCUUCCUUUUAUAAACUUCUAGAGAGAGAGGGGGGGGAUUGAAGUGGAGCAAUGAAGAAACGUCAAGUGGUGGUCAAAAACAAUGGUUCUAAUAGAACUUCAAGUGCAUCCACAGUUCGCAGGGUUCAUUAUGGAGAGUGCCAGAAGAAUCAUGCAGCAAACAUCGGAGGGUAUGCUGUAGAUGGCUGCAGGGAGUUCAUGGCAAGUGGACAAGAAGGUACAGCGGCUGCAGUUACGUGUGCCGCCUGUGGCUGCCACCGGAGUUUCCACAGGAGAGAAGCUGUGGAUGAAGUUGUGUGUGAAGGUUCAUCAACAUCUGAUGCCUAAGGUGCAUGUAAGUGGUCUGAAAAGAGGAUUAACUGCUGGGGAUUGAUUUGAACACAUUUUAAACAUUCACACAUGUAUUCAU